UUUAGUCAUGACAAGGACUCAAUGCCAAGGACCUGGACAGGAAAGGAAGAUGUCUGUGCAAUAGCAGAGGAGGCUCGAUCUGCUGUACAGGACUCUCGCCUUUUUAACAUGAUGACAAACAAUAUAUCCCUUUGUUUUGUUGUUAAGUGCUCUUACACUUACAUUGCAGGCUCUCAAACUUCUGUCUGUAUUAGCCGUCAUUCGCUGGGAUGACAAGCCAGAUAGGAUUGAAAACAUUCUGACUUCCACACUUCUAGAUGGUUCUGUUGAGUCAAAGAGUUCAAGUGCUUCUUCUGGUGACCCGCUUGCUUCAACUAGCUGGGAAGAGGUAGUUUUGUGUAUAUUUGUUAUUCAUGCAGCAAAAAAUCGAAGUGCUUAUACCGAGGAUCCAUCACUUUGCCGAACAAUUGAAACAGGUUCAUCCCAAGCAUACGCUUAUUACUCCAGCUCAGUGCAAGUCAGUGUGGAAGCAGUUCCAAUCAGAAACUGAGUUCACCAUUACACAAGUAGUAUCAACGCAGCAAGCUCACAUGCGUGGUAAUGGCAGGCUGCCUCCUCCUUGGGCGAUGGUUGCUAUCACAGUUCUUGGUUUUGAUGAGAUCAUGAUGCUUCUGAGUUGUGCAGGAAUCCUAUAUACAUGUUCUUGCUAUUUGCGGGUUAUUUGCUUGUCAGGGCUUUAAUAGUGCAGUUAGAUAUUGGCUGAGAAUUCCAAAAUGGAAUGGUAAGAUGUUGAACAUUUAUUAUUAAGUUGAGCUUAAGAAUUAUAGUACUCCCAUUAGGUAGUCAAUUCAGGACCAGAUGGGUAUGACUGCAGUUGGGUUUCUUUUGGCAUCUCUUUCCAACAGGUAGUCAUGCUA